CGACGACCUUGAAUAGCUCCCCAAUUCACUCCUUACACACCAUUGCGGCGCGCUGUCAGCGGACAUAUAAGGAGAACUUUUAUAUUUGGACAAGAGACUCCAAGUUUUCCUAUAAACACAGCACAUAAUGGGCGCUGGCGGCUCGAAGCCCGAGGCCUCGGCCGGGUCAAAACACAUUUUCGAGAGCAAUUCCCCAAUCCAAUUCUCCUCCAACCUCGUUGAUGGCCUCCAAUCCAACACCGAAACCGACUCCGUCCGCGCCAAAACUCUCGAACUCGAAAUCCAGGCCCGCGUCGCCAAAGAACUUGAGCGCCUCCGCGCUCGCGAACAACAAACCCUCGCUGAAGUCGAGAAGCGUCUUGCCGAGGCCAGGGACUCUGCUGGCGCCGCUACCUCCGCCGCACCCGUAACAUCAAGCAUCAGCAGCUACCCAGCCGGCUCACUAGAUCUCGACGCGCCCCGGAUCCCGUUUGCGGGCCGUGAAUACACGCCUGUUGCGCCCGCUGCCGUCGAGACCGCCGUCCCCAUUAACCGCGAGCUGACCCGGGAGUCUGUGAACUCGGAGAUUGAGGAGCUGAGGCUGAAGCUUGAGGGUCGGAAGAAGCUGGCGGAGCUGGAUGGAAGCGUUGCAAAGGCCCAGGCGGAUGUGGCUAGUUGUUUGAGACUGAAUGACCGACGGCCGCUGGAUUGCUGGCAGGAGGUGCAGAAUUUCAAAAGAGAGGUUGCGAAGCUUGAGGAGGGCUUUGUGGACCGGAUUGUGGGUUGAAUGUUUUUUUAUGUGAUGUGGUGUGCCCGAGCGAUAUCGCUGUGAGAACAGAGCGUCUUUGCCGAAAAUAGAAUUGUUGGAUUUAUCGGUCCUGUUCAUUUAUAUUACUUGUAUACCUACUGUUUACUUGAGGUCAUAUGAUUUGCUUUACGCUUAAUUUGCCGGAGCCACGGGCAGUGAGCCACAGACUGGGGG